AUGACUUCAACUUACAUUGGUGUGGGUGGCUCCAUGAGUCCCGGUACUACUUCGGCUUAUUUCGCAGCACCUGGCGCUAGACCAAGUGGAGGAGGUGGUGGUGGUGGUUUUAAUCGUGGACCGACGCCUCCCGGGGUAUCGGCAUAUUUCUCGCCAACGGUCGGUGGUGCCGGUGGUGGCACAGUGUCGGCAUAUUUCUCGCCUACGGCUCCUGGAGCGAUGGGUGGUGGGGGUGGUUCAUCGCCACGUCCUUGUUCGCCGACUCCCGCAGCUCCAGCAUUCUCUGGUCUCUCAACGAAAACAGCUAUCGGAGCUCCAGCUGUAGAUCCAUGCAAGACGGCUAUCGGUGCACCUCCGGGUAUGUCCGGAUUGGGAACGAAGACAGCAAUUGGAACACCUAUGGUGGAUAAUACAAAAACGGCCAUUGGCGCACCAAUGGUGGACAACACGAAGACGGCCAUUGGAGCUCCGAUGAUGAUGGAUAACACCAAGACGGCUAUUGGCGCACCUAUGGUGGACAACACGAAGACGGCCAUCGGAGCUCCGAUGAUGAUGGACAACACGAAAACGGCUAUUGGAGCCCCAAUGUUGGAUAACACCAAGACGGCUAUCGGAGCUCCAAUGAUG